AUGUUCAGUGCACUGGCCCGACAGACGGCUGUGCUCCGCGCCGCCUACGUGCCCCUCGCAGCAGCCUACGCACCAGCGGCCACGUCCAGCCCAUCGGCUGUGCUCGCCGCCGCGACCGGUGCCAACACUACGGCGAUGGGAGGUGGUCAUCCUGCGGCGGAGCCUGCGGGCCGACUCCCUGCCGCUGUCGUGAGUGGAGGAGGAGGUGGCGGUGGCGGUGGCGACACACUGCCGCUGGUGGGCGACCCCCGUGUGCAUAUUUGGCGGGAUGAGGAGGCCUUGUUGCGGGCAUCGCUGGGGCGCUUGGAAGCGGAGCGGGAGUUGGCGCGGAUGCGGCACCGGUGCGAGGACGAGCUGCGGUCUCUGCGCGACGGCCUGAGGGUGCGGGAGGGGCAGGUAGCACGCCUUGUGCGUCGUGUCAUCACGCGUGCGCCCGCAAAGAGGCGGCGUGGCUGCCAGGCAGCUGCCGGGUCUGACAACGGCGGCAGCAGUCCGCAUACCGCCGUCACGGACGUGUGUGAGAAGCCGGGGGCGCUGCUGCCGCACGACCAGGCGGGCGCGGGGGAGAGCUGCGGCGUGGCGCCGCACGGCCGGCCGAGCAGGCGGGAGAAGGGCCAUGGCGCCACCCUCGAGGAGGCGGAGGAGGGCGGCAACGACGAGGGCGAGGCGCCCAACGACGACGGCCAGCAGCUGCCCGGCACGCCGCCGGCAAACGGCGAGGACGCGGCCGCGGACGUGGGCGGCGACAACGCGACGCCGCCGCUGCCGCCGCUGCCGCCCGGCAUGGAGCCGCAGACGUGGGGCGGGGCCGGCGGCGCCGGGACGAACCCCGCAGGGGAGGCGCAGCCGGCCGCCCCCACCGACGGGGGCCUCGCGAAGGACGCCCGGCAGCCGCGUGGAAGGCGGACGGGCGCGACGAAGAAGAGUGGCAGCGGCGGCACGAAGGGGACGGCGCCAAAAGAACGAAGCCCGGCGAAAAAUACAAAGGCUUCCGCGAGGAAGCCGGCGAAGCCGCGCGCCCGCACGCAGCGGAGGACCGCCCCGCAGAAGGGCCGCGCCAGCACGAAGAAGGCGCAGCCGAAGCGGAAGGGGACAACUCGCCCUGCCGCACCGAAAAGGAGGGCCGCGGCGUCCAAGAAGCGGCCGCAGCAGCGAAAGCAACCGAAUAAAACUAACAAGACGAAGCAAGGCAGCCGCAGCAAGAGCAGUGGGCGCGCAAAGAAGCCAACCUCCACGCGGCGGAGGAAGUAA